AUGGCCACCACUGAAGUAUCAUCACAACCUUUGCUACCAACAGAGGAAAAAAGGUCAUUGAUUCAUACAUCAUCUAAUCCUAAUGAUUCUACCAUCACCAUUUCAUUGGAACCAGAGAUAGUAAAAAAUAAGACGGAACAAUAUAAGUUUCUUUAUUUUAAAAUUUCAAAAGUAAAAACUCCUUCCACUAUAAGUCUUCUUCCAUGUAUAUUAUUACUUUUCGUUUUCGCAAUGUUUUCACUUGGUGGUGUGGUAGCUUUAGUAAGGACAAUACCGGACUUGUUUCUACCAACCACGUUAGAGGCAGUUAAAAGACAGGCAAUAAUGCUGAAAGAUUAUUCCAAUGGAUCGUGGAAAGGUUAUUUUCAUGUGAUUGGUGUUUUAUCAGCCAUUUAUAUCUGGAAACAAACUUUCUCGGUGCCCGGAGCAAUUUUCCUGCUGGAGCUUUGUAAAUACGCCGGAAAACCAUUGAUGGAUCAAUAUUUCUCGGAAAAAUUGAAUUAUCUUCGUAGACAAAUCGACGAGAACAGGGACAAUUUAUUCUUUUAUCUUUUAUUCAUUAGAAUGUUUCCUUUGUCGCCUUGGUGGAUACUCAACCUGUCAUCGCCGUUACUGUUAAUUCCGAUUGAUUCCUUCUUUACGUCAAUGUUUUUUGGAUCAAUCCCUUAUAAUCUUGCAUGUUCUCAGGCCGGUAAUCUCCUUUCAGAGCUUCAAUCAACUACGGAUAUAUGGCGACCAACCUUAUUAUUAAAAAUGUUUUUCAUAUCGUUGUUGAGUCUUAUACCCCCUCUA